AAAAGUAAUUACAAUUUAAGCAUUUCUUUAACGUCGACAACAUAACCCUUCCGGUAUCUGAAAACUUAAAACAGCAAGUGGGAAACUUUAUUAAACUUCAUUUUAACUCCCACAAUGUCUCACCAAACUGGAAUAAAAGCCAGUGAAAACCUUAAAUCAUUUUUCUCCACAUGCAAAGAAGGCAGUGCAAGAGUAAUAAAAAUUUCAAUAACUGAUGAGCAGUUAGAACUAGCAGGAAGUGAAAAACCAGUUGACACCUGGGAACAUGAUUACGACAAAAUGGUUCUACCUUUGCUGGAAGAGAAACAGCCAUGCUAUCUUUUGUACAGACUGGACUCCAAGAACAAUCUAGGUUAUCAGUGGAUCUUCAUCUCCUGGUCCCCAGAUUUUUCACCAGUCAGACAAAAAAUGUUGUAUGCAGCUACUAGAGCUACUUUGAAGUUAGAGUUUGGAGGUGGUCUCAUUAAGGAGGAAAUGUUUGGCACCAGUAUCGAUGAUGUGAAUUUAUCUGGAUAUAAAAAACACUUGACCUCUGGAAGUGCCCCUGCACCUUUAACCUUUGCAGAGACGGAACUAAAGCUAAUCAAAGAAAAUGAUGUCAAUACGAUCAGUGUGAAUGACAAGCACCAACACAUGACUGGCGUAAGUUUCCCUGUGUCUGACGAGGCAGUACGCAAGUUGGAGGAACUUAGAGAUGGCAAGAUCACUUACGUACAACUGAGUCUGGACAUCCCAGCUGAGAAGAUCAACCUUGAAAUGGCAGACAACACAGAUAUCACAUCCCUUGCAUCACGUGUUCCAGAUGAAAGUGCCAGAUAUCAUGUAUUUACCUAUAAACAUACGCACGAAGGGGACUACACUGAAAGUAUAGUGUUUAUCUACUCCAUGCCUGGUUACAAGUGUUCUAUCAAGGAGAGAAUGUUGUACUCCAGCUGUAAGUCUCCACUGAUCUCCAAAAUAGAGAGCCUCGGCAUAGAGAUCACUAAGAAGCUGGAGGUAGAUGAUCCAAAAGAGCUGUCUGAAGAGAAUGUUUAUGAUGAGAUUCACCCCAAAAAGAAUGUCGCCACAAAGAAAUUCGACAAACCCAAGGGGCCUGCAGGUCGAGGUCCUCGACGCAUGGCCAAGACGUGAACUAGGGCAGACACGACACAGGAAUGAAAUUUCAACAUCUUCUUCUGGUGCUACUGUUGAUACUGUUGAUCAGUAGUUGACUGUAGUUGACUUCAUACAACAACAAAUAAUUUUAAGAUGGAAUAUCUUUAUUUAUAUAAUAUCAGGUGUUAAUUUGAUAAAUUAGCAGACAUUUUUGCUUUAAUUGCUUUGUAAUGUUUUUAAAUUUGUUGGACUUUAUUAUAAUAUAAGCUGGAAUUGAAUUUUGUUAGUCAGGAAUGUUUGUGAUAAGCCUCUUUUCAAAAGAUAUUGUUCUGUCCAAAUCAGCUUUUCCCUCUCUCUGGCGAUUGGUUUUUGAGGUUGUUAAGAAUGCACUAAUGAAAUUUAUGUCCAUAUUACCCACAGUGUCUUAUAAUGGGUUUUUUAAAAGCAAAUGCUAUUUUUUAUGUGUUAGGUUUAAUUCUGUAAACACUUUAAGAAUUGCUGGUUUGCUACAAUAAGGACACAUAUCCCUUUGUCUCAUCAUUAGGAUUAUAUACAAAAGUUAUGAACAAUGAUGUUUGCAUUGAUUUUCAAGGAUUUUUCUGCAGCACAAAUUAGAAAAUAAUCAGUCUUGUAUGGAAAAUCAAAGUUGAUUAAAACAUAAAUUAAUGUGAAUUAUUACACAUUUUCUCUUAAUAUUUAUGAACUGAAGAUUAUAGUAAAAUAAGAAGAAAAUGAAUGCUAAUUCAAUCCAUUAUACUUCAAGUGUACAAAUUCUGUAAAAUACUUAGUACAGUCAGGAUUUAUUUAUUAUAACCGACAAUUUUUAAAAUCAUGUUUCCAUAAUUCAGAAAAAUUUUCAUUAUCCAGUCUUUACAAGGUAACUGCUACAUUGUAAUUUAUUGUUCCUCAUGAAGUAGUGUUUGCACCCACAUUGUUUCCUAGUUUGUAUUGUUAUUGUUUGACUUGAAUAUUCAGGGGACUGUUUUGUUUUCUUUUGUGAAGAUUUUCUGUAGUGUAGCUCAAUAGUUAGUCAUUCCAUUUAUAUAUAUCUGUAGGUAACAUUAACAAUAAAAAGAGUUUUUAAUUUCAGUAUUGGGGCGUUGAUACUGUUUUAUAUAAAAACUACAUGCAAUUGUUUGCAUAUUUUUGCACAUGCACAGUAAGAUAAAUUAAUACUGUUUUUGUUUUUAAAUAACAAUAACAACAAAAUCUUAAGAAUCAAAUGAAAGAAGCAAUCCAAUUUUUUAAAAUUAAAUCCAAAAUGGGGCAAACUGAAAUUAAAGUUGUUUUGAACUCCAUCUUCCUAAUGAUACUCCAAAGAAAAUAUUGUAAUCAUUAUGGUUAUUUAGUUUGAAUUGUUUUAAUAUUACAAGGCAGUUGCAAGAGAAAAACUUACACUAACUUGCACUUUUUGUGAUUUUUAUUGCCUUCUUUGAAAUUUCACCCAUUUGUAAAAGUGGGAAAUUGAAAGCUUUAAAACUACUUCAUAUGUACAGGUGUAUAUCAUUUACUGUAUUGUUCAGAAUUAAUCUGUCAUUUUAAUCCUUCGUUACCAAUUGUCGACAAAGAUGUUUUGUUAGGUAAAGUUUAGUUUUAAACUAGAAUUAUUUACCUGGUAGUUUAUUGUGAUAUAAAGAACGACUGUGAUUAGUAAACGAAAUACACUACAAGUCAAGAUGGCAUCAUUAGUGAAAUUUAAUGUUUAACAGAUAUAAUUUUGUUUUUUGCAUUUAAUGAAAAAUAGUUAAUGAGAAAUUGCUGUAAAAGGAUUGAAUUAUUAUUAAACCCAUUUUUGAUGA